CAAUUCGGGUUUUCACGAAGAUUCUGCGUGUGAGCUGGGUUGAUUAGCUCGAAUUGAUCGCCUCUGGGUGCUAUAAGUUCUUCGCUCUCCGCUGCUACUCCCGUGCCACGUUCAGAAGCAUCAUUUGCCACGCGAUCCAUCCAGCUUUCCUGUGCAAUCGUCUGCUUCUGCUUCCGCUUCCCGACUUCCAAGCCGCCGCUGCCGCUGCUGUCCACUCCCGAUUCGAAUUCAGCUGCGCUUCGGUUGUUUCAAGCUCUCACCAGCUCAGAAUUAUGGCCAGCGAGAAGGUCGAUGAAGUUCCCAGCGUCGUCCCCGCCGUCGACGAGCCCAAGGAGGCUGUUGAGGAGAAAUUGGCUGAUCUGAAGAUCGCCCCAGAGGAGACCCCCGCCGCAGAAGAGAAGACCGAGGAGAAGUUCGAGGACACCAAGGACACAGAGCCAGAGGCGGAGCCAGAGAAGGCGGCGCCCGAGACGACGGUGGUGGAGACUGUGGACACACAAACGGGAGCUGAUGACGGCGUCACAGAGCCUGCGACUCGGGAGGUGCCCACCGAGGUUGUACACGAGACCGUAGAGGAUCCGGCGAAGCCCACACUGAAGGAGAAGCUGAGCGCCAUCUUCCACCCCAGCGCCUAGAGAGAGAGACCAGACCAUGUACCAAUGCUUUGGGUCCAAUUCACGAGGCUGCAGAGAAGAAAUGUUCCACUUAAGAUUUUGACUGUUGUAUUAUUUCAACCAUGCGUAUUUUAGCGGAGGGUACAAAGUAAGCUAGGGGGGAUGGGGAGGAAUAUCGGCUGCCAAAGAGUUUGGAGAGGGUAUUGGAUCAUGACUGACGAAUUGAAGUCGAUGACAUGGUGGAGCUGGAUGGAGUGAGUGAGUGAGUGAGAUGACAAGAAGACGGCACCAGCGAGGAAUGUUUCUCUGUCAUGAGCCGUAGUCUGCAUGAUCUGACGGUAGAUUUUCGUGGUCCACGCGAGCUGACUCCUGGCCCAACUUUGCUGCUUAGACUGAUUGAUCAGCAUGUUUUAUCACAUUUCAGAUGCGUGACAAAACUACAAAAAGUCAAUAAGUAUCCCAAAAUUUUCGGCAGACAUAUGUCCGUAGGGACACGAGAAGAGCUAAGCCCUGGUAGCCUACUGUUUUGGGUUUGUAAUAAUAAUAUCGACCUCGGCUAACAACCAGAGUCAUAUCUGUGUGACAGGAACCAUUUUGUAAUAUAGUGGGUGUUGUAUUUGGCUUAGUUGUUGAAGACUUACGAUAUGUACAUUCUUCAAUAAAAUUCAUUCUUUUCUUGUAGA